AUGGAACCCAACUUUUGCUUCUAUUCGGGUACUUCAACAUUACAUACACAACUUCGAACUGAUGUUGAUGACGAUAAAAAUUGGAUAAGUAGUGGUAAGCUUAUUCGUAUUUUGGCUUCUUCCGAUUUUCAAGAAUAUCCCCGUACGUAUUUUGUUAUUUCUAAUGUUCAGUUGCCAUCUUAUUUGCUGAUAUUGGGUUCUAAAUGGUUACAUAUUUAUUAUAAUGAUGAUGAAGUUAAAUCUGAUCAAUUUUAUUGUCAAUUUAUUCAUGAUUUGGCACAAUACUGUCGUGAAAUUGCUAAGCAAGUUCUACAAGAGCAAAAUGAUCGUGGAAAAACAAAUUUGAAAAUGCUGAAAACAUUAUUGAAAAAUAAAUGUGAAAAAGCGAUCAUUUUCAUAUUAAUCCUUCUGAAUGGAACUCGAAGUGAUGUAAUAGAAUUUCUAACUAAUGAAGAAUUUCAACAACAAACAAUACAUUCAUUUUAUUUGUUUUUUAUUAAUGGAGACCAGCAUGAAGCCGAACUACGACAGCAUUUUCCUCAGCUAUUUAUUGAAUGUUAUUCUAUAACAGAACGACGUUAUGAUGAAAUUCGAAUGGUCUUGUCAAGUGCAUGUGAUCUUAAUAUUAAAUUUUGUUAUCGACGAGUACUAAAAGAAGAAAUUCAAGAUAACACAGGUCUAACAUUCAUUUAUGAGCAACAACGUUGA